GUCGUUUGCUGCACAAUGGCGCGAUUGGUUUGUGCUUGUUCGCCCUGCUGCCGCCGUCGUUUCUGAGCGGAGGGCCGGCCCAAAACGUUGGACCGUCCGUUGCGCGGGAUAUAAAUCUUACCGCACAGUCUCCCUCGUUCGUAACCGCUCAGCUCUCCACGUUUCUUCGUUUCUCUCGAAUUAUUCGGUUCUCGUAGUCUGUCUGACGAAAGAGAAACGGUAACAACGACGGCUGGUCGAAAGACUAAUCCCGAGAACCGUGAAUAGAAAGACCACCACGACCGACCGACCGACCGACCGACCGACCGUCAUCCAGGAAGAAGGCCAGGUUUUAUCCAACGCGCGCGCUAUUCGAAAAACCAAUACGCCCGGUAGAAUCCGGGGGUUCGCUUUUCGAGCAGACGGCGGUUAUCAACAACGUCUUUGGGGGAAACUCGGAUUACAUCUGACCGUUUCUCCACCCCAGCCUCCCGUUCAGGAACGCACGGCGACAACAGGAAGAACAUACAAAGAGCUUUCCCGUAAAGUGACCGAUUGUCACCCACGAAGAUCUCCGUCCAAGGACCCAGCGGUAGCACGAAGCAACGCGCUGCGUGGGCCUAAGCACAAGUGAUAUUCUUAUCUAAUAAUUAAUACAUAGCUAUAUACGCGUUUAUACCGAUCAAGCCUAGAAACGUUGAAAUCGACUCGUUAUAAUCGAUAAUCGAUAAUCGAUAAUCGAUAAUCGUCGCAGCCGCGUUCGGUAAUCUUGUGAAGUGUGUUCAAAAAGCUUAUCCGCUUUAACGGUUUAUUGACAAUAAUUACGAAUAAUUAUAAAAAUCGAUCGAACUUCUAAACACGGGGACGCGUGUUUCGUUUACAUUGAAACGUACUAUUUCGAAGGGAAGAGGAGAAGGAAGAAGGUGGGUAGUAGUGUCGCGAGUGUAAAACAGUGCGUGUGUGAAAACGGCACAAUAUGAGAGUGACAGCCGCUGUUAGACAGCAUUCUCUUCAUCUACAAGUGGCUCGUACCAACAAUGGGAAGUUCCUGGUCUGUCCGAACAAUAGUCAGGACAUCAGUCAACAACCGGCAAACGACGAGACAAACUCGGUGCCAGCGGUUGUCUUUCCUAGUUACGAACCGGUGCCUACCGAUCAUCAUGGACCUACCAUACUCGGUGAUCGGUAUUUGCUUCUUGGACCGGCCGAGGGCAGCGCUUUAUACCGAUGCGUCGAUGUACACACUGGUCAACAGCUCGUCGCAAAGGCGUUGACCGUGGGCGACAAAGGUUGCGAGGCACUACUACAGGCGCACCUUCGAUUAGAAGGUACCGGAGCGGCGAGCGGUGUUGCAGGCGUGGUGGAAGCACCUGGAGGUCGACGCUACCUCCUGCUGGAGGGCCACCACGGUGACCUGCACGCCUACGUAAGGGCGCGCAGGAGACUGCGGGAACCAGAGGCGAGGCGACUCUUCCGGCAAGCAGCCAGGGCCGUAGCUACGUGCCACGAGUACGGGGUAGUGCUCAGAGAUUUAAAACUCAGGAAAUUCGUUUUCGCUGACGAAGCAAGAACACGACUUCGUCUGGAAAGCCUAGAAGAUGCGGUGAUCGUCGAAGGUGAUGACGACAAACUGACCGAUCGACGGGGUUGUCCGGCGUACGUAGCGCCGGAAGUACUACGCUCGGGACGAGCUUAUUCCGGGAAGGCAGCCGACAUCUGGUCGCUUGGCGUACUCCUGUACACGAUGCUGGUCGGUCGUUAUCCGUUUAACGACGCCGAGCAUGCGUCCCUGUUUGCGAAAAUCUCACGUGGCCAGUUCGCGGUACCAGAAGGUCUAAGCCCACGUGCUCGGUGUCUAAUACGCUCGUUGCUGAGAAAGGAACCGUCCGAGAGGCCGUACGCGGAGGACGUGCCGAGACACCCAUGGCUCGCGAAACCGUUACGAGUCUGCCCCACGUCCAGCAGAUCUUCUUGUCAGGAUCAGAUCGUACCAGAGCUACCUAACAAUCCUCAAGACUGACUCUUCCGAGAGAAAAAGAUAUAUUCCGCGUGCGCUGGACCCAGCUUUCCUUGUUAAUCCUCUAUUUGGACGGAAAUUCUGUGCGCAGACGGCAUUUCAUCCCAAUUUAACAUGGCUUUUGUUUCCUACUUUGUGUUUUCUUAGUUUUUAUAUCUUAAUUUUUUAUUUUCUAUUAAAUAUGUCGAAGUUUGAUAUAAACGCUCGGUUACUUUGCACGCAGCAUCGAAAAGAAAAACGAGCAAAACAAGCCACUUACCAUUUCUAUUAUGUGUGUAGCUGAUAUACUGAAAAAGAAGACAAAUAGCGAGGAACGAGUAAUCAAGAAAUCAAAAUUUAGUAAUUCGAUAAUUCGUUCCAGAUUGUACACUAUUUAUGCGAUAUACGGAAUAUCUUGUAUAGAGACAGGGGAGAUAACAGUCGACUAGAAAAAUGAUAUUUAAGAAAUGUCUUCCACAUAAGGAUUAAGUGAAAGUACGAAGUCUGCGUUUUAUUAUAUUUUGUCGGGUUAUACAGUUUAACAAAACCCAUGUCUGUUAAUACAACCGAGCAUUUGUAACUCACUCGUUGCUUUAGUAGACAAUGUUAACGCAAAUGUUGAUAAAAUUGCCAUGCGUUUUCCCCCUUCUCAUAUGUGAUGAAUACGUAAUUCUCCUUGGAAGAAAUAUAGUGCGAUCUUAAAAUUGUUUACAGGUUACAAUAAACAUACUUCAAGUAGACGAGAAUUAUUGAUAGAAAGAACAACACAUCUUACCUAUGUAAUCUUCUAUUAGCUGUAAUACAAUUGUUAAUUAACAAUCGGUUAUUAACAAUAUAGUACAAAAUUUCUUUUGUUCGUAGUAGUUCGACACGCCAUCAACAUCAUGGUCCUCGUAAACAGUAAAGAUAAGAUAGAGAAAGUUGAACUAUCCUCCUGUAAUCGAUUGUUAUUAAGAGCGAAUCAUCAGAAAGUUCGGAAACUAGAGAUAAAAUAUGUGUUGUUUCAACUUUAUCGCAAAAUUCUCACUGAAAUACGUAAUAUACCAUCACUUGCGAAUUACAACGGAUAUUCCUAUAUGAAGAACAAAUUUUUAAAUAAUUCUUAAGAGUUUUCUUUACAGACUUGUAACUUGUGUUUUAAACGUUACGGUUUAGGUGAAAGGAAAGUUAAACCGGAAUUUCUCGUUAUAGGAAAAUAUAUUUAUACGAGUAUAUAAACUUGAUAACAAAAAGUUGAUUUUUCCGAUUCACCGACUUAUAUGAAGAUAUCACCAACUUAUAACCACACCGUAUUUCUUCCAUACACGUACAUAUUUACGUAUAUUAUAAUACUUGCGUGCGCAAGUUACGCAUAAAAGCCAUGUUACAAAUGAAUACCAAAUAAAGGGUUAACCAUUAGCUGUCGCAUCAAGGGAUAGUUCCGAUUCCAAAUCGUUCGUUCUUUCCUUCCUUUCACGUUUUUUUCUUUUUUCUUUUUCCUUUUUCUUUUCUUCUUUGACAUUUUGUGUCGUCAAUAUGACGAAGGAGGACGGCCUAGAAUAUACAAGCUGAUACAUGCAUACAACCAUUUUGAUUAGGAAAUAUCAAAAAGAGGUCUAACGGAAUGAUCGUUGCGUAAAUUUGAUUGUUAGCAAAGACUUACGAGUAGUUAUUUAUUAUCUCAAUUUAAUUUGUCUGUUCUGCAAUUCAAUAUAUACUAUUAAAAACAUUUUAUACAUUAUUAACAAGAAGUGUCAUUCUUAUAUAAUUUCUUUUUUUUUUUUUUUUUUUUUUUUUUUUUUUUUUUUUUUUUUUUUUUUUUUUUUUUUUUUUUUUUUUUUUUUUUUUUUUUUUUUUUUUUUUAGCUAUUUAUUUAUGUUUUCUUUAUAUUAAAUCCGUAAGUCUUUGUUCAUGCACUUUUAUACAUAUAUGCAACCAAUUGAAAUAUUAAAAAUCAGUGUAGUACGUUCUGUACGUGCAAAAAAUUGAUAUGCGUGCGCUCCCUCUUGAAACAGAAAUAUACACAAGUACAUAUACUUGCCGGCAACAUUAAGAAAACAAAGAGCAAAUAUUAAUGAUGCAAAACCUACCUGCCUAAUGAUAAGUUCUAAGUAUUCAAUUAUUUUUUUAGAAAUCCAUUUUGUUUUGUCAUUUCAUCCAGUCUCGUUCGGAUCUCAGGUAAAAGGGAUCCAUGUCCAUUUCUUUUAUUUUAUAUAUAAAGAAAAUUAUAUUGAGACCACUCGAAACAUGACAGCUUUUGUGUAUAUGCUGUACGUAAAUUUUAAAUAGACUUAGAAUUUAUCAGUGCAUAAACGCUAACAUUGUUUUUUCCUAUUUCGUAUUAUCAUGUUUUUUCCUUCUUCAAAAAACAAUAUUCUUGUAAAGCUAUAUACCAUUAUAAGAACUCGAACGCCCCUAAUCCUCGCAGAUGGUUUGAUUCAGAGAAAGUAUCAAGAGUUAUUUCGUAUCUAUACGAUUAUUCUGCAAUUAUCCUGCGAAAGAAAAGUUAAGUCGAAAAUCACCAAGUGUAUGUGUCGAACGUUUGUAUAAGAGACUUUUUUCCUUUAUAUUUUAUAAUGCAGUUCUUUUCAUGCAUUGGAUACACCCUGUGUUCGCUUUCAGUGCAUGAUUUCUUCUAUCAUUUGAGUCAGGGUACAAUGGUAAGAGCGUUUCAUUGACGCUGAAACAUGUAUAUAAGUUCAAUCCAGUCCAUUAAGUCCUACUAAAUCCUAAUAAAUAUUCAUUAGGAACAAUAAUAAAAGUUAUGUACAUAGGCAAAUAAAUAUAGCGUUUAUGAUAAA